GUUUCAGUUUUCGAAGACUGCGCAUUUUGGGAUGAUCCUCUUUCUUCGUUGCUCGAAGGGUUUUGAUUUCGAAUUUUUUCCGCUCCUCCCUCUUCCAUUUCGUUAUCAUCUACCUGCCUUUUAGGGAGAAAACUAAGAAAAAGUCUCUGUUUCUCUAAAACUAAGAAAAAGUCUCUGUUUCUCUACAACGAUGGAGUCUUUGGCUAUCCUACAGUGCCGUCCCCGCCAUCUCCGCUUAUCUUCCAAUCACCACCGUCCGUAUUUCCCGAAACCCAUCUUUUCCCUUUCCUUCAGGACUUCGUCUUCAUCGUCGCCGUUCAAAUUACCCUCCAUCAGGGCUUCAUCUUCGUCCUAUGAGCCCCCGAAGCCUUCGGUUUUCCAAACGGUGGCGCCUCUCCUCAAGGCUACUUGCAUUUCUUUCACCGCUGCCGCCGCUCUCUUCUUCGCGCGCUUCCACGUCAAACCCGCGCUCGCCUCGCUGACCGCAAUGCCCACCAUGGGGACCUCCUCGACAGACACGGGUGUGUCCUUACAAGAUCAAGAAAAAACCCUCCAACAAAAGUUAGGGAAGAACCCGAAUGAUGUUGAAAGUCUACGGUCUCUCAUGGAAGUCCGUAUCAAAUUGAAGAAACUCCAACAAGCUACCGAAGUUAUCAACCGUUUGAUCCAGCUUGAACCCGAAGACCCCGAAUGGCCAAUGUUAAAGGCCCAAAUUCACAGCUUCGCCGGCGAUUUCGAGCUGGCCAAGAAGGAGUUCGAGGAAAUAUUAGCUAAAGACCCGAAUCGUGUCGAGGCAUUUCAUGGCCUUGUAAUGGCUUAUUCGGAUUCGGGUCAAAAAUUGAAAGAACUCGAAAAGAGAAUUGAAGGGGCGAUGGACAAGUGCAAGAAAGAGAACAAAAAGAAGGAUUAUAGGGAUUUUAAGUUAUUAAUUGCGCAAAUUCGGGUCAUUGAAGGGAGACAUUCGGAAGCUCUGAAGGUUUAUGAAGCUUUGGUUAAGGAAGAUCCAAAGGAUUUCAGGCCAUAUUUGUGCAUGGGGAUUAUCUACACUUUAUUGAAGAAGAAGAAUGAAGCUGAAAAACAGUUUGACAUGUUCAGGAAACUUGUUCCUAAAAAUCAUCCUUACAGGGAGUACUUUGUUGAUAACAUGCUGGCCACUAAGCUGUUCGCCGAAAAAGCCGAAAGGGAAGGCGCAGGGAAGCGUUGAGAGACCUUGGUUUUGUUUUGUUCAUUCAAAGAGGUCUUUUCUGUUUAAAAUUAUUUCCUCGUAUUUUUCCCUUUUAAUUCUCUUUCAGUUUUAUUGCAACAGUUGAGCUUUUGGCCUUCUUCUUUAUUCAAUGUUGCAUUAUAUAAGUCUUUGGGUUUAGUAUAAAGUUAAACAUUGCUUAGUUGAGCUAAUCUUUAUCUAAUAUGGAAGUUAACUUCAGGCUUCUGUUAUCCUUUCUAGUUGGUUUACAAUCAUGUAUAUAAAUGUUUCUUCAUC